AUGGCAACUGCAAUGCGCAAUCCCAAAGACUCGAUGAGGUCUACAUGGCGCACUGAUAAGGGCCAGUGGACUGUGUUCCAUUGGUUCUAUGAGGUGCUUGGCAUACAUCCUACUGCCCUCGACCAAGCCGUUCCGGUACACACCAAAGACGACAAGGUGCCUUUCUUGCCAGAAUGGCAAACCAACCGCUGGGUCCUCUUUCAUGCCCUGAUACCAUUUGCCAUUCACUGGGCCUAUGUUACCUAUACAGGUCGCAACAUAACCCCAAUCGCCGCCUUCAUUUUCUACAGCGCGGCGUUCAAGGCGAUUGCCAUUCAUGAGUUGCACAUCCUCCGCCGCCUCGGCCACGGACUUGGGUUUUUCGACGGCGACAAGCAUGAGCGAGACGGUGUACCUGACGUUGGUGUCGUAAAAGUCGUUCAAUCACUUCUCUCGACAUCCACCUUCCGUCCGAUGAUCACAGUCUUCCUGAGCUACCGGACCGCCCUACCACCUUCCUCUAUCAACUGGGUUUGGCUACCACUUGAAAUUGGUCUUUAUGGCAUCGUUCUGGACUUUUGGUUCUAUUGGUACCACCGUCUCAUGCACGAUGUCGGUAGCCUCUGGAAAUACCACCGCACUCAUCACCUCACCAAGCACCCGAAUCCGCUUCUGACGCUUUAUGCGGAUAGUGAGCAGGAGUUCUUCGACAUUGCGGGCAUUCCUAUAAUGGCCUAUUUCAGCCUCAAGCUCAUGGGCCUCCCUAUGGGCUUCUAUGAGUGGUGGUUUUGCCACCAGUAUGUGGUCUUUUCAGAACUUGCCGGGCACAGCGGGCUCCGCCUUCACACAUUUACACCAUCGACGCUGACUUGGCUUCUGAGGCUCUUCGAUGCUGAUCUGGUCAUCGAGGAUCACGAUCUCCACCACCGCUAUGGCUGGAAGAAGAGUUACAACUAUGGCAAGCAGACACGCCUUUGGGAUCGCAUUUUCGGCACAUGCCGUGAGCGCGUCGAAGCCAAACCGGACAAUAUCGAUUACGACAACAAAAUUACGCUCCCUCUGUGGUGA